AUGCAAGCAGAAGACUACAAUGAUAAUCACCAAAGAGGAAUUCACUGGGGAUUUACAAAGGUUUUAAUGGUAGCAGUACUCUACGGGCUGAGCCUGGUAUGCAUAAUCCUCGGCCUGAAGCCGUUAUUCGAUAUGGAGUUUGAAAUCAAGAGCUUUGCAAACUUGGCAUUUGUUGCAUUCCAUGGAUUCUACAUGUUCAGCUUCAUGGCAGUCCACAAGAAGAGCCAUUUUAUCUUCUGGUCAAUAAGUUAUCUGAUCCUGAGCGGAAUCUCUCUUUUUUUCUACUUCUAUGAAGACUUGUUCUUCUGA